GGGCCGGAAGGCAUGGAGAGCUGGGCGAAGCCGCGCCCUCUUUCUUUUCGUCCUCGGACGCCAUUUUACAGUAAUCUGCAAAGAUGACCAACACAAAGGGGAAGAGGAGGGGGACCCGUUACAUGUUCUCAAGACCCUUCCGCAAACAUGGUGUUGUUCCUCUUGCUACCUACAUGCGCAUCUAUAAGAAGGGUGAUAUUGUUGAUAUCAAGGGUAUGGGCACAAUUCAAAAAGGCAUGCCCCACAAAUGCUACCAUGGCAAGACAGGAAGGGUGUACAACAUUACUCAGCAUGCGGUGGGCAUUAUUGUGAACAAGAAGGUUAAGGGCAAGAUUCUCGCCAAGAGAAUUAAUGUGCGGAUUGAGCAUAUUAAGCACUCUAAGAGCAGAGAUAGCUUCUUGCAACGAGUGAAAGAAAAUGAAAGGAAGAAGAAGGAGGCAAAAGAGAAGGGCACGUGGUUUGAAUUAAAACGCCAGCCUGCUCCUCCAAGAGAAGCUCACUUUGUGAGAACCAAUGGCAAAGAGCCAGAGCUGCUGGAACCAAUUCCAUAUGAAUUUAUGGCUUAAUGUGUAUGGGCAAAAUAAAAUAUUUUGUACACGACUAAAA